AUUAAUUUUACCAGAACUUAUGAUGUCUGCCUCAGCACACAAGCAUCGAUAUAAGAAUUCAGCCCUUGAUUCAAUCGAAUUAAGGCGUAGACGGGAGGAGGAAGGACUACAGUUACGCAAGCAAAAAAGAGAACAGCAAUUGUACAAAAGACGAAAUGUUAAUGUUGCCCUUUUACCUGAUGAUAAUACUGAUCCCUUGCAGACUGAAGGUGGAGAUGUAGCAUCGCCUAUGUCUCCAGGGAUCACUCCCCAGUUGGUACAGGCCUUAUACAGUGACAAUGUAGAUGAGCAAUUAAAUGCUACACAAAAAUUUAGAAAACUGUUAAGUAGAGAACCUAAUCCUCCUAUAGAUGAAGUUAUCCAGACAGGAAUUGUACCUCGAUUUGUUGAAUUUCUCAAAAACACCAAUAAUUGUACAUUGCAGUUUGAAGCAGCAUGGGCUUUGACAAAUAUUGCUUCUGGGACUUCUCAGCAAACACGUAUGGUAAUUGAAGAAGGAGCUGUACCAAUAUUUAUAGCACUUCUAAAUAGUCCUUAUGAAGAUGUUCAAGAGCAGGCUGUAUGGGCCUUGGGUAACAUUGCUGGUGACUCUCCAGAGUGUAGAAACCAUGUAUUGGAAUCAGGAAUAUUGGUGCCACUUUUACAAUUGUUAAGUAAAUCAUCUAGGCUUACAAUGACACGUAACGCGGUUUGGGCUCUUUCGAAUUUAUGUCGAGGUAAAAACCCACCCCCAGAUUUCUCAAAAGUAUCCCCGGCUCUCCCCAUUCUCGCCAGAUUGCUGUUCCACAACGAUGCCGAUGUACUUUCGGAUACUUGCUGGGCUCUUAGCUACCUUUCUGAUGGUCCCAAUGACAAAAUUCAGGCUGUAAUUGACGCAGGAGUAUGCAGGAGACUUGUGGAAUUGUUAAUGCAUCCCCAACCUUCGGUUGUGUCCGCUGCAUUAAGGGCGGUUGGCAAUAUAGUAACAGGCGACGAUGUGCAGACUCAAGUCAUUUUAAAUUGCAAUGCUUUACCAUGCUUACAUCAUCUUCUAAGUUCGACCAAGGAAUCUGUGAGAAAAGAGGCUUGUUGGACAAUCAGCAACAUCACAGCUGGCAACAGACAACAAAUUCAGGCUGUUAUAGACGCUAACAUAUUCCCAGUGUUGAUAGAGAUUCUGGGUAAAGCAGAAUUUAAAACAAGGAAGGAAGCCGCGUGGGCGAUUACGAAUGCGACGAGCGGUGGCACCCCAGAACAGAUCCGUUAUUUGGUAAAACAGGGCUGUGUAGGUCCUCUCUGCGACCUUUUGACCGUAAUGGAUUCGAAAAUUGUACAAGUUGCAUUAAACGGAUUGGAAAAUAUUUUAAAGUUGGGCGACCAAGAUGCCAAGCAACACGGAGGCACUAACCCGUAUGCGGUAUUGAUAGAAGAAUGCUAUGGCCUUGACAAAAUUGAAUUUUUACAAUCGCAUGAAAAUAUGGAAAUUUAUCAGAAAGCUUUCGAUAUAAUUGAACAUUUCUUUGGUACCGAAGAAGAGGAUGUCAGAGUGGCACCUGCAGUGGAUGCUGAACAACAGCAGUACCAUUUUGGUGCGGAUCAGUCGGUACCUAUGGGUGGGUUUCAAUUUUGAGUACCCUAAAUGCCCGUGCUGCAGGAAAUAUUUUUGUUAUCAAAAAGAACGUCACCUUUAUGCAACUGCGCAACCAAUUUGUUAAUAUUUAUAAUAAAGUUACUGGAUUUUUAUAAAAAAAAUCUUGUUUUGUAGACGAUGAGUUUUAAUAUGUAUCUAAAUUAUGAAUUUUAGCUUUACAUUUUUUUCUUCCAACGCCCUUUUUAAUGCGGAAUUUUAUACGUGUAUACAAAGGUCUAAUGAGUGUUUGCGGUCUUUUUUUGUACAUAUUAACUGAAAUAAAUUGCAAUUUAUUGAAAUGGUAGUUAUCAAUUAAAAACAGUUAUUGAAUUGAGAUGGUUCUCGUCAUGUAAUUUUAGGCUUGUAAAAUAAUUUUGUAUGUAUGCUUCAUAUAUACAUGUGUAAAAUUCUUUUUCUUUUUUGUUAAUAGCCUGUAUCAUAUGUUAUAGUAAGAAUUAUUUAAAUAAAAAGCUUUUUUAUCACA